AUGUCCCCAUCUCUCCCGUUUCUUCGUCUCCCCUACCUCCCUAUGAAACAUCUUCUAGACCAUAUGGAUUUCAUGGAUAUAGUCAAUUUAUCCGUGUGUAGCGAGAAAACUCGAGUAGUCAUACUAUCAAUCAAGAGAUUUCCGAGCACAAAAGAUCUAAUCGAUGAGAAUAACAAGAUGAAAGUGAAUUUUAUUGAUUAUCUCUUCCAUCUCCGUCUCGAGCUCCCGACCUCCGUAUUCCUCGAGCAAGUGACCUUUGACAUUGAACCAGACUGUAAAAUGGCUACGAUUCAACUUAAAUUGAAAAAUCGAAAAAUUACUAUUUAUAUAUUUACGAAAUCUACCAAACCAAGUUUUCGGGACAAACCUGACGAGAUGACAAUAAAUCAGAAGAAAUUUGAAGCUUAUCGUGGAAAUGAAGGCUUUAUGCAUUUAAUUAGUGAUACUACAGUGGAAGAUGGGUUAAUUACCCUAAUUAACUAUUUCAAGAGGACAUUUGGUGUUGGAGUCAAUCGAUUAUCGAUUUAUUUGACACAAAAGAAUUUCGUGGUGGUGAAAUCUGUUAUCAAUUAUUUGAAUUCAACUUGUACUUCUAUAAAGGACCUCGAUUUUCAGUCAGUUUCAGCUGAAGACUACUAUCUGAAAUCCAUUUUAUCUAAUAUCGAUGCCUGGGACACUUUCCAUAUAGAUAUCAAGACAAGCUUUCAAUUUGAAUGCCUUCGAUACUUUAAAUCUGAAAAUUUCGAGCUGAAAUCUGGUGGAUGGUUCACUUUUUACAAUUUACAACUUGUCGACUGUGCUUUUAUCAAAAUAAUGGGUUCCCAGUUGACUAAUUGCAAUAUGAAAGAGUAUUUGAUGCAAUGGAUUGAUGGGAAUUUUGAUGAAUUGAGACAUUUGGAUGUGGAGAUGAGAGAAGUGCGAGAUGAGGAGUAUUUACUCGAUGGAAUGUCCCCCGGCUCCUUUACCCGUGAAGAGAACUGUAUCGCAUUCAAACGAUCCGAUGGGAAGACUGCAAUUAUCGAAUUGUCUCCUGAAGUGAAGACUAAUUGGUUUAAAAUAACUGUUUAUUGA